ACACUUCACAUUUGUGUUCACAUUUGGGUUUGAGUUUAUGAUCUCGUUUAGCCUAGUGUAAUUAUUUUUGCGUGCAAUACGUGUUACAUGGACAUAAUGUAAUGCGUAAUAGUGUCGGAUAAUUUGUAUUCCUUGCACGCGCACAACAGAACUCGUUCUUGACUCGUUUUUUGCAAUAUAUGCAUCGAUACGCAUGUAUUUGAAAGUUUUCCGUUGCAUUAAUUGCACAGGGAUGUGCAUGGUUGCAUUUGGGACGCGACGCCAAUGUCUGUAUCGUUGAGAUCCGCACCCCGUCCGCUUUCAGCUCAUGUCGUUAUCUGUCACUGCUGCCCGUGCUUGCGCUUCGAUAGUUUCUGCAAUAGACGGAAAUCUUGCUGGAGUCGUUACCGAGCUGAAGAAAAACCUUUAGAAGCAAACGCUGAAAUGGGCCGAAAGGAAGGAGAUUACGAUUGGAAGAAAAAUACUGACAACAUCCAGGAUGUGUUUGAAUUCAUGGAGGUGCUCGGAUCGGGAGCAUUCGCUGAGGUCUUUAUGGUGAAGGAGAGGAAAACUGGGAAACAUUUCGCCAUGAAGUGCGUAAAAAAAAAGAGCAAAAGGGACCUUAUCCUGGAGAAUGAGAUCGCUGUGUUGAGGAGGAUCCAGCAUGAAAAUGUUGUUUGCUUGGAGGAUUUCUAUGAAAGUCGGACGCAUUACUACCUUGUCAUGCAACUAGUUUCAGGCGGUGAACUGUUUGAUCGGAUUCUGGACCGCGGCGUGUACUCUGAGAUGGAUGCCAGUGUGGUUAUCAGACAGGUGCUGGAGGCGGUCAGCUACCUGCACGAGAGCGGCAUCGUUCACCGUGAUCUCAAGCCUGAGAAUCUUCUGUACUACAGUCCUGAUGAAAACUCUAAGAUCAUGAUCAGUGAUUUCGGCCUGUCGAAGAUUGAAGAGAAUGGAAUCAUGUCCACCGCCUGUGGAACUCCAGGAUAUGUGGCUCCUGAAGUGUUGGCUCAGAAACCCUACAGUAAAGCUGUGGACUGCUGGUCUAUUGGAGUUAUCACAUACAUUCUGCUCUGUGGAUAUCCUCCAUUCUAUGAAGAAACAGAGACUCGUCUUUUUUCUAAAAUCAUGAAGGGGCAGUUUGAGUUUGACUCGCCCUUCUGGGAUGAUAUUUCUGAGUCUGCCAAAGACUUCAUCCGUAACAUGAUGCAGAAGAAUCCUAAAAUGCGUUUUACUACAGAACAGGCUCUACGACACCCAUGGAUAAUCGGUAAGACGGCCCGGAGUCAAGACAUCUACCAUUCUGUCAGCGUGCAGAUCCAGAAAAACUUUGCCAAAUCCAAGUGGAAGCAAGCUUUUAAUGCAACAGUGGCCAUUCACCACAUGAAGAAGCUUCAGAUGGCUCAUUCUGAGGCCUCUAUGAGACAGAACCAGACCCCUCCGUCUGUACCUGAGAUCAAGGUCAUUACAAUUUCCACACCUGAAGCUGUCAACAAGAAGCUGUUCACAGAGACCCCCGAAUCAAACCACAACACUCCCAGUGAGCAGAUGAAUAUUCCGUCCAGUUCCACAGAGUCGAAGAGUCAGUACCACCCUGUUCGGGUCAGUCACAGCGAGACAACCCAUGUUGGAACCCUCACCAUCGUGGAGAAGUGCAAACAUGUUUAUCACUCUGAGCCAGCUGAUCUGAAUGGGUAUGCAAAAAGAGGCUCAGGUCGUAAUGGACAGAACCUGCAGACUGGAGUUUGCUCCGUCAUGUGAUCUGCCGUAAUGGAAUGAUGAAGUCAGUAUGAUUGGUCUGUGAUCUCUCACCCAGCCACCGGUUCCUUUCUAUGGUCAGGUCCGUUGCUCUGCUCCCCGGGCGGGAGCGUUUGCAUGACAGUCGUCCUCCAGCCGUUCUGAAACACUGAAGUUUAGGAGAGUGCCUCCAUAUCUGGACAUGUAGUCACAAUGCACGAGCAUAGGCUGUCACACACACACACAUACACACACACGUUCAGUAUCUUUGACACAGGUUAGCUUCAUUUGCACAGUAGGUGCUGACAUUUCGUAUUUUCCAGUGAGGAAACUGUUUCACAUUAUGGUUUAUUAAUCUCUCUGUAUUAAAAGAUUGGACACUAGGGUCAAUUUUAUUGGGUGCUUAUGUUGAGGAGUAUUGAGAGUUUGAUUCAGUUUUCAUGUAUGUAUAAUCUCUGUAAAGUUUGGCUUUGGUACUUGUUACUGUGUGGUAUAAUGUACUGCAGUAAUCCAUCGGAGGUUUAUAACACUGUUGCUUUACUGUAAACUCUAUUUAUCGAUAGAAUAUUGUGAAUCGAUGGACGUCAUAAGAAAGCUUUAAUUUAUCUAGAGUGAAUGUUUAUUUUUCUAAUGCAUAAUUUAUUAUUAUACAGUGUGUAUAUUUUUUCCCAUUAUUUCAGAAAACCAUCAAAUAAUAUUACCUUUGUUGUGUGUUCAAUAAGGCAGUUAUAUACCUAAAUACAUUAACUUUACUGUUAAAAAUACUCAUAAAUGUUUAAAUUUUAAGAGAUUAUGGUUAAGUGUCCUCUUCAGAAAAGUUAAUGUUGUUUAGACUGCUAAUAGCAAUGCUUUGUGCAAUAUUUGUACAAAUAAAUUCUGAUAUACAUCA